GGACAAAGCGGAACAUGCUGCACGCGGACACGCUCGACAGUCAAUCACCAAGAGAGGGCCGUAGGUGUCUGGAGCCAGGAGACCAGUUGAGGCCACGGGCGACAAAGGGUUCGCGUAGUGCAACAGCGAGUCGCUAUGCAGACGCAACCGUCGUCGUCAAACGUUGGUGGUCGGGGUAGGACCAGUUUGCCUCAUUUCAGGCGGCUCUCUCUGCGGGCAAUAAGCAAGCCCCAUGUGUCUGGCAGCAGUGUUGCUACUGAAUCAAACCUCAAUGCGCCAAGAGCGACCUCGUCCCUUUUGGGACAAAAGGCAAGCGAUAAUUCAAGCUGUGUAAUCAACGUCAACAGCAAUCCGCACACUCGCAACUCUCGUUCAUCACACGGCACCUUGGGAGUACCCGGAUCAAUCGCGGUCACUGGUAGAUCUCCUUCCGUAAGCAAAGUUGCAUCGAAGGACCACCACCCACCACAGAAGCUACGCUCUUCAACAAGGAGCCUCGGAUCCGUGUCUGGAACACCACUUGUUUUGAGAGUUUCGUCUCCGAAAUUCCAGACUGCCUCCCAUGAUAGAGACCUGCGCGACACCAGUUCAGGGUCAUCUCAACCGUGCGUUCAUAUAUGGCCCAUAUCCAGCAAGCUGUGCUGCGAAAUUCCAGAGUUGAAAGGUCCUGCAGCAACGGGUCGCAGCGACACGGGAAACGAGACGCGACGUUUGAGAUGGUCGUUAAGCGAAGACCGGCACAACGGCGAAGUGUCUGAGAUAUGGAUCGACUCGGACACCUUGCAUGGAGAGACUGAACGUAGGAUCAGACCGACAAGUGGCAUACUGAAGACCUCGAAGACGUCGUCUUUCACGGACCAGUUGAGCGCUCUUAACCACGCGCUGCCAUCUCCACUCUCAGGUUCGAGUGCACAAGCGGAUAACCGUCCCGCAACGGACGUAGCAGACGCAACAGACGCAACAGACACUAAUUGCCGAUUAGAUAGAGAACCGCUGAAAAGUUCAUUUUUUCGGUCAUGGAGCGAUACGGAACAACAAGUUCACGAACAGACAGAACGGGACAGAAGCCAUCAAACACUCAUCAACGACACGGUCAGCUUGUUCUCAAAGCCAAUGUUUACUGACAUGCUACUGCCUACAAAAAUCACACCGACAUUUUUCCAACUUAGCUCAACGAUACCUCCUGUGCCAGCAGCGCUUACAAGCACAUCAGCAAGAGCUCCCACUGACAUGCAUGACGGAGGAAAUGUCUUGACGGCUGGAAAGGAGGCGCUACAGGCACGUCCCUCCCUUGACUCGCAACCGCAUUCUGCCGAGCAGGAGCUUAAGUGGGACCCGGCUCAAAAAUCAACCACCGAACCCUCUAUCGGUGCACUCAGUAGGUCAUCGCAAGCUCUGCAAAACGUACCGUCCGCCGGCACAAAGCUAUCUACAACGGGGAUUCCGCGGAUCAUUCCCCCCAAGUUUCCGGAUCUCCAGUCGCCCUCUCGCACAAAAAAUGUAGGGGAGGAUCGAAAUGCCGGUAUAAACAUAAUAAAGAAGACACCCGGACGCUUUUUUUCCAGCUUCGAAGACAUGGCAAUCCUGGAAGUUACUGGUGCAAGCAACCAAUCCCAAGCGCCGGGAUGUAAAGGAGCACGGGAGUUGUCUGACGCCACCGAAGAGAAGUAUUCUGCUAUAUCAGCAGGGACAAAGAAAGGCUACGAAACGGUAGGGCAGCCGCCGGAAAGUGCUGCCACCGUACAACAGCGGCGACAGUCAACAACAAGCACCGGAAGUCAGAGGAGUAGCAAGUCGUUUGUACUUUCGGACAUGAAUCGUGCAGUGCUACUGCCGGAGAACACACUGCCCGCGCCUUCCUCUUCGUCCGACACGUCCCCGGUCAACUUGACGCGCGUUUACGGCGCGAACGCAACAAGUGGGGCUGCAUCACACUUCGACAGAGAGUCGACCUUUGUGAAGGACGUUCGCACAAGGCUCUUUGAGGAAAUAGACAAGAAGGAUGGUGUCCGACAAGAAGGGCAGGAGCCUUCAUUGGGACAUUUGCACAUCCGAGGAGAGGUCGUGAAAACUGAGCCCCGUCGACCAGUUCACAUAAGUCGUGUAACAAGCUGUAUUUCCGGAAGCGAGCAACUGUCUUCAGAGCAACCCGAGAUUGUACAGCUGCAAGAAAUCAAACGAAUGAGGUCAGAGGAAAUAGAACGAGAAUCACGUAAAACGCCGAAUCUGGAACCCGAAGAACUUGUCUCGAACAGUGCACAAGACACGAGAGCGGCGGAUGCUGAACAGUUCAAGGUACCAGGAGUUGCUGUUACUACAAACACCGGGAAUACGGGUGACGAAGAGAGACGUCGCCGUAUCCGACUACUGGAAAGCAUGGGCAUAAAGAGUACUGAAAUAACCCAGGACGAUGAUAUUGAAGAGAAGCGACGAAAGGAUCACGAAGCACUACUAUCCAGACAUGACGCGAUUUCUUCGCGCGACAUGAGCCUCAUUACUGGCAGCGUGGCUGACUCCGAAGAACUUCAGAUGAGCUUAGUUGCCCAGAGAUGGUCACCUAGGCAAGAUAAGUUGUCAUCUACGGUCCCACAAAUUUUAGCUAUUACAGAAAAAGAGGCAGUUGAUUUAGUUGGCAGAGAAAAGGGGGCUCAAGUUAAAGACAUUUUACAGGUCGACGAGUCGACUGGAAGUCGAAAGGAACAGGUCGUGCAACACGGCUUAGCUGAAGAUGCUACCGAAAGGGAUAUUCAGUCUGAGAGACCUCGUGUCCUUCAGGUUCAGAGUGAUGCACAUGGUGGGCAGAUCUGUGGUGCUCCCAUACAUCAAGAAGAGUACAGGCAAACGGAGCCGAAAAACCCGGCACAAGUGGACGAACAAAGUGACUCGACGGCAAGGGAGAGGUUAGAAGUGGAAAGACCCCAGAGUGAAUUUCAUACACCGUACAGUGGACAGGGCAUUGUAACUAAACAGUCAAGCGAAUACCUAACCGCAAUGGAAACCCCUUUGGUACUUGGGUCGGACGCAGACCUGCACGCCGGCGCAGUUAGGAGUGGCACAGCCACCGACACCAUGGAGUUCUCCCAGCACUCCGCGGAUCAGAAAGCGCACAAGGUACAUCUCAGUGCAGAGUCGACCGAGGAAGGCCUGACCACGGUAUCUGAACAAGACAGGCUACCAGCAAAAUGCCUCAGCGUUCCCCUAUCUCAACCAGUUACGAAGCGCAGUUACGAAGACAGGCGCCCUGAAAGAGGGGCGGUGGAACUGAACGCGGGUAGUCCCCAAGAUAGAACCCUAAAAGAACUGCAAGUGACAUACCUAGAUAAACCAAAUCAGCACCACUUACUCGAGGUCCCCAGAGGUAGUCGUAGCGGUCAACUAAGUAACGAACCUCCCCUAAUGCAACGCGAGAGUCCUGGUACAAGAAUAAUCCAUCAUCGCUCUUCUGAAUGCGGUACCCGAAGGCUGGAUCCACACGUCCUCACGUACCUGAUUGAAGUAUCUCCCAUCGUAGGUAACAUCCAAGAGGACCAGUCUGACUUGGUGAUGGCUGAGGAAGAACUCCUGGUUUCGGAUAUCAUUGAACAGAUCACGUCUCCACCGAUGGCAUCUUCGCAAAUGAGAGGCGCUCGUGGGCAGAUUCCGCCGUACAGGGUGCCGUCAGCACUAAGAUCGGAGAGCCUCACGCAGUUAAGACAUAACUACGCCACAAAAGUGGCCAAGCAAAUACUUUCGAAGCCGUUAGCCGGGGAAUUUACGGCGUUCUUUUCUUCGGAGGAAAAACGUCUGACUAAAGAACCGCCAAAAUACGUCUGGUCGUCAAGCAGAGAGAAUGUGCCUCUGACGAAGGACUUCAGGACCACAGAGCCACUAGUUGGAAACGACGUUUUCUACGCUACGGUUGAGGCUGACUCUGGACCGCAUAUGAGCAAGUAUAUAGAAGCUCUUCAUACGUCUAUUUCUGGUGGCUCCAGUGACACUGAGAAGGCCAAGAUAAUACAUGCAUCUAGUGACGAAGAUGUCGGAAGAAAUCGCACGCUGAAAUGUUUCCGUCGCUACGAAAAGCCGUGUGGUAGUCGGUCACUAUCAUCCGUUACCGAAAACAAAUUCAGACUGAGACUCGCUACAUCCGAGGACAUCGAGAUGUUGUUGAAGCUACCAUGGGGUGAUUCCACUUCAACGAUCACAGCGGGAGCUGUGUGGACAAGAUACGAGCACACGCCCUUCGGCUUCUUCGUGGCGAAGAACGAUACUCAAGACAAAAUCUGCGGGGCCGCCAGUGUUCUCCUCUUCCGUAAUGAGGUGGCAACGUGUACCAUCUUCAUGCUCAUGCCAGAGUACACCUUUGCCGACUUGGGCUGCACCCUAUGGAACCAGGUUCUGCACAUAUCCGAAGGGAAAGAUUUGACCACAGUUCUUCCCCAGGCCGACAGCAUAGAACUUAUGGCGCAGUUCCCAUUCCACGUUUCUGCGGUCGGAACAUUAAUGCGUGGACCCGUCACCAUUUCCUGCAAAACGUUUAAUGCCACUGUGACAGUGAUAGACUACAGCGAAGCAUUUUUCAAGCCCUUAGUAAUGUAUGACAAGAUUGUUUUCGGCUUCGACAGAGAACGUUUCUUAGACUAUACGUUGAAAGAAGAGGGACUCGUUGUUAAGGUUGCUGUCGGAGAAAACGAUAUCGUGAAGGGAUUCGCGGCGGUGCAAGCGGACCGCUGGAACGGCCCUGUGCUCCGCUGGCUCAUGGCAGAUGACUUCGCCGUGGCAGAGUCCUUACUCCACAACUUCAUACGUGCAUGCAGUGAAGACGAAAGCCUCGGAAUCUUUGUCUCUUUUUACACGCGCAGUCCAAUUACCAAAGCCAUAUGCAGUAAGCUGAACACUACCCUGCUAACUCCAUGGCAACUGCUGUAUAACCGAAGGGAGCCUAUCUUAAAUUGGCAAAGGAUAGUAUGCUUAACCGACCUGUAACGAAAAUAAAUAUGCAGCGGCUUGUGCUUUCCACGAAUA